AUGUCCCCGGAGAUUAUUUGCAGUGGCGAGUUGGAAACAGUCGUCGCACCGUAUGGUGCAGUCCAGACCACGGGUGGUUCAGUUAAGUUCAGGUGAAUUUUAUUGAGGGCAAAACAAGUCUUCACCUUUGAACUCCCUAUUCGUUCUCCAACGUUGGCUAAGCAGACGUUAGGAUUUUAUUUAUUAAGGAACGAUAUGUUCUGAUAUGCUUGGUUAUUUGUUGAGUGAAUUAAAAAUCCCACCACCUACUAUUUGAUUACUUUCCUUUAUAUUUCAGUAAGCUGAAAUCGAGGCGGGUGAAAGGGGUUGGUCUGUGCACCAGUAGCGCUGGGUCGGUGUUUCGUCACCUGCUAUAUUUCUCAUGUGUAUGAAUAGUGAACACAACAACAUGAGCUAAUCCUCCCAUUGCAUGUGAUUUCCUGUGUUGUUGGUGGCUUUACAAAUAUUUUUGUCACGUUUUAGUGCGGCAGUUUUCUGGAUAGUGGGUUUCUGAAACUUUUUAUUGACACUGAGUCCGGCGUGUGCUGUUUUGUCGCUUCGAUAUAUGUUGCGCACUCAAAGACUUGCAUGCAUGCAUUUAUAUUCCGUAGUCCUUAUGCAGACUUGAUUUACAACUGGGCUGAACACGAGUUGAGUGUGGUGUAGAAUAAUCCGUUUUAAAGGGUUCUGAUAUAUCUAAACCUCUAGCAUUACAAUCGUCCUUCGGCUCGUGAGGAUAAUGCCGUAUUAAGAAGGCGACGCACGUAAUAUGAUGUAAAAGGACAAGAAAUAUUACUAACCGAAAUGACGUGCUCUGAGGAGACGGAGGAUAUAAGCCGGCCGAUGUCGGUGACGGCCAUUCCAUUGAUUACUGGAUGUUGACUGUAUCAUACCGACGGAUACUUCCGUUGAAGGGUGCUGAAAUCAUUGCACAAUGUGCAAUUUAAAAAAAAGCAUUCACACAAAGGUCUCACAACUGAGGGCUGAUCUUUUGUCAUUUUUAUUAGGAACCAUCUUAAAACAGUGUUUAAGGGUGUCUUUCAGCCUCUGAAGACCAGACUUUCUGUCAGCAUUUCACAAAAGGAAACGUCUCGUGAAAACUUUAAAAUGGGUCAUAAUACGAAAGAACGAGUUCGCAGGUGUUCUGGUCGAAUUGGUCAUCUUUCCAUGUCGUUCGACUCGGGUACGGUGUUCGGUUACUUUAUUAUCGUUGAGACAGAAGAUUAGACAUGGGAAGUUUGGCAAUUUCCUGCUUCUUGAAAAAAGCUCAGGUAACUCGUAUGUGGAAUGAGUUUUUCAUUUGUGAAUAAUAUUAGUAGUUGCUGUCGGUAACCCACCUCAUUUUCUGGUUAAAAUAGCGCCUCUUUUGUGGCCAUCGCUGCAGGAUGGACUUUCUGAAUGGAGUAACCUUAACCACCCAACGGCAGGCCGUUCGUUUUGUAUGACAUUGAUCGCCUGUCAUAUGACAGAUGACUGUUUACGGAGCUGCUGGUUGCUAUGUAUUGGCUAACAAAUUCUCCGUUUCGGCCUGCCUUGAUUUUUCGUAAGAUUGCAUACAUGUAGCCGGUAUUUAUUGACCGCCGGAGCAAAGGUGGUAGACUGAUAACGAUCAUUCGAUGUUGAUGUGCCUAUAUCGAAUGAGUUUCUUAUAGGAACUUCACACUGUUUGCAAGAACUCCCGUAAGGUAGCAUUGGAUCGUUACUGCGUUCCUGUUCUAUCGUCCAGUCGUCGUAGUCGCCUUUUUCCCAUCUUUUCACUUUUACUUCGCUUGGCCUACGCUACGCGAGCCGGAUUGCACUGUUUCUGGUGAAUUCCCUCAAUCUCAUAUAUUCGAACCAUUAAGAGAAGUCCUAAGAGGCACUUGUUAUUCAUGGCGUAAUAAGAUCGUCUUACAGACGAGCAAUUCAGUGGACACGAUAUUCAAUUUUCUCACUGUCAUAAAAAGCCGAAUAUUUUUACGCAAGCAUCUUUAGCAAACAUUUGCAUUAUGUGACCCACUUACUCUACCUUGGUCAGAACAAACAACACACAACAGCAUAAAGUGCCUUUAACUUAACGCCACCGUUAAUUUUACCUUUUGCAUACCGGUGUUUCUAACGCCAUCUUUCACUAUCGUGAUAUAUAGUUAUAUCCUCAGUUUGCCUUAUGAGAGCCUUAGCUGGCGCAUCGCACAUGGCGGUUGCCAACCGGAACUGGAGCGUUCGAGCACGCAUCUGCAAAAAUAUCAUUGUCAUGCAGUUGCAAAUAGUUGUCAACAAGAGCAUAUCACACGCUCUGAACAACUCAUGGUAUACCUUGACCACACAAUAUCCCUGCCACAAAUACCCAACUUACAACGGUUACAUUGCUCUACCAAUGAUGAGCCAAAUUCCUACUUAGUCUCUUUAUGAAUGACCAAGCCGCGGAUAAAUAAGUCGACAGCGACCGCGCUGUGCACAUUCAGCAGUGAGAAACCAUUCCACAGUAGACAAUUGUACUGAUAAACUUGGUUCACAUAGGCUGCUAAGCAUCCGACUGUAGGUAACUAUUCAGUCUCUAUGACGAUGUCGUCGUCUUUGCUGACGGCGUGACAGUGUCAGGAUGAAAUAUUGCAAAACACACGAAGUUUGUUUCACCGUCCUCCGGAGCCUCCACGGUAUGCGCGAGUCCCAGCGAAGUAUGCAAAUUUGAUCAUAAUGGAUUAUAGUUAUUCCCAUUCCUCUAUGUGCCGGUAAACGAACCUCUGCGCGUUGUUGGAUUACAAAAAUUCAAAAUAUUUGGUCACUAACGUCUGAGAGCCCAGCAUGUCUUAACUUUGUGGCCACGUAUUCAAUGUGGAACUACGCUGUCGAUAAGGGGAGGCCCUCCUUUUGGUGAUUAGGCGAAAUAUCACAUCAAUUGGUUUGUGUUCUUCCUUCAUUGGCCAGCGCUGCGUUUUACUGAAGCAUCUCAUUUCUGAAUCCCUGAAAUACCACGCUGCGCACCCCGAAUUGAUUCGAAAAGUUAUUGUAAAGGAUAUUGUCUUCGGUUGCGUGAAGUAACUUAUGCCACUGUACCCCCAUCGACCCGUCUUGAUGAUGGCAGAUACACCCAAGUGUUUCUCGUUUCUAUGUUUUAAUUAGUGGAAAAGGUCGUCUAGAACAACUAUUCUGUUAGUUCUACCUUAGAGUAUUAUCUCGCUACCCAGACUUUACGCAGGCUGAUUCUUUAAGUUCCCAAAGGGCGGGGUGGUUGUGAUUUACCCUACACUCCCACACUUUACAGCAGAGUUAGUUGACUUAUUCACCUUAGUGUCCACUAAGCGCUCAGUAGUAUCGUUAAGUUUCGUUACUGGAAAUUUUGCUUUGUAGUUUGGUGUCCGUAGUUUUGACAAGACAUCGAACAUCUGAUCUAGUGUUUAAUUUACAACCAGUGACGGUACUCAUCGGCUUGCCAUGAACACUGGACGGACUGCACUUAUGGUAUGCGGCACUUAUAGGGUGAGGCCGAAGCCGAGACUACAGCCUUUGUGUGUUAUCUGCUUUUUAUCUCCUGGCUGAUAGGCUUGCAAAUCUGGUGCAAAACUAUUUAUUCUUGAUAUAUGCGCGUGUUUCUUCUUAUUUUGCCCCUUGCCAUUUUGUAGGUCAGCAUCUGGUUUCAUCUCAACCGACCGUUUGCGCUGGCCUUCCCCAGAACGUCUGGGUUAA